AUGACGCUAUCUCGUGAUCCGGAAUUCCAAAAUUUGGUGGCCCAUGUGAAGGCGAACGAAGAGGGAAAACUGAAGAUAAGCGAAGAAUUUGAGAAGGAUCCGAAGCGUUUUGAGACCUUCAGUCGCCUACUGACGACCCCUGAUGGCGCAAUUCUCUUCGAUUUCUCGAAACAUCGCAUUACUGUGAAGACCCUGGAACUUCUGUUGAAAGUGGCUGAAUCGCGCAAAGUGACUGCUAUGCGCGACGCCAUGUUCAAUGGAGAAAGAAUCAACUUUACUGAAGAUCGUGCAGUGCUCCACAUCGCCCUCCGGAACCGGGAAAAUCGCCCAAUCAUGGUCGAUGGGAAGGAUGUGAUGCCUGCCGUGAAAGCGGUUCUCGCCCACAUGUCGGAAUUUUGUGAGCAGAUCAUCUCUGGACAAUGGCUCGGCUACACUGGAAAGAAAAUUACCGACGUGGUGAACAUUGGAAUUGGCGGCUCUGAUUUGGGCCCACUCAUGGUGACCGAGGCCUUGAAGCAUUAUCAGGUUGGGCCCAACGUGCAUUUCGUCAGCAACAUCGAUGGGACCCACAUUGCUGAGGUGCUGAAGAAAUUGGAUCCCCGAAACGACCCUUUUCAUCAUCGCUUCGAAGACCUUCACCACGCAGGAAACUAUCACGAAUGC